GCUUGCGGUAUAGACGAGACGAAGCUUCAUUAGCGCUUCUCAGCUCGACGCUGUCAGUCGAAAGCUCCACAUCGACAUGCCCAUCCACGCCGAGUCUAUCCGCCGUGCCUACGACGACGUUAGGGACGACCACAACAGCACCUGCUGGGUCCUGCUCACGUACGACGGCGGGGAGAUCCGGGCCACGUCCAGGGGCGAGGACUUCGAGUCACUGAAGAAGAACCUCGUUGAACACGAGAGAGCGUUCAUCUACCUCCGAAUCCAGGCCGGCGACGAGAUGAGCAAGCGGUCCAAGUUUGUCUUCAUAACGUGGCUAUCCGAGACAGUCUCGGUGCUGCAGCGAGCCCGCAUCAGCAGUGACAAGGCUGCGGUCAAGGAAAUAAUUAAGAACUUCGCCGUUGAGCUCCAGGUCGGGGACCCCGGAGAGCUCACCGAGGAUCACAUCAAAACCACAGUGAGCAAGGCCGGAGGAACUGACUACGGCACGGCGUCUUAGACGAUGGCCGCCCCACCGUUUUCUCCAAGUUACCAAGAACAACUGUCUCAAGAAGAUGGGCUGCGCCCCAGUUUCACAGCUGUCAACAGGAGAAAACUGAAGAACGAACCUGAAGAAAAAUUCUUCCCACAAAAAAAGAGACACCGCAGGAACGCUUGCCGAGAGGAGGAAUAAACAGAAUAAACUGAA